AUGAUAGUGGCUCUGAGACGAUCAAAUGUUGUUUUGAGAACAACAGGGACCGUAAGGUUCAAUUCCACAAAGACCAGUGCUACGACUGAGGUCGCCCCAAAGAAACGGGCAUCUCUAGCUCAGAUCAAAAAGGAGAGAAAUAAACUCGCUGCCUCGUCGUUAAAAGACGUGUUCUCGAUUUUGAGUCCUACUGGAAAUGGUGACGACGACGAAAUCCCUCAAAAUUUCGAUGUUUCCGAGAUAUACGCCGAUACUUCCAGUUUUCUGAAAGCUCCAUAUGUCCAGCAACAGUACAUCCUGGAAGAGUUGAAAAAUAAGUACUCAAAGAUGAAAUGGACCAGUGUGCCGAAAGAGGUCAAGAGGAUGUUUUACUUUGUGGCAUAUGCAAAUUACGGGCCAAGAGAAGGAUUUCCCAAGGUGGAAGAGAACGUUCCUCCCCCAGAUCUUCCCUUCAAGAUCCCCAGUUUCCUGUACUCAGACGAUCCAAAGAGCACCACCAGAGUGACUCAGACAGCUCCAGUGAAUCUACGAGCUGCCGGUGAUGCAAGGCAGAAACAGUAUGAGAAGGAGACCAAGAUGGACCCUCUUUCGAAGACGGUGAUAUUUCUGGUUAUAGCAUUGACUAUCAUGAACUUCAGAAGGGACAGAAGGGUUCAGAAGUCCAAUGUGGCACCUGUGAACGAAUAUGAGCAGUUUGUGGCCGAGAAGGAGAUGGAGAGGGAGUUGGCCAGAAAGGUAGCCGAGGCCGAGAUAGAGGAAAGGCUGGCUUCAGAGAGGGCAAAGGCCAAGAAGUGGUACUAUUUAUGGUUGCAUUAG